AUGGUAAUGAUGCUAAGUGGGUGCAGCACGCCAAGUGCACAUGUUCUAACGAGUCCUCGGGCAUUCAAGUCAUCAUCAUACAGAGCAGCAUCAGUGCGGACUCAACAUUAUCUUGCUCGAAGUUCAUUGUCUCUCAUAAAGAACUCUUUCGGAUCACCUUUGCCGUUCAAUGAGCUUCAACCGAGAGUCCCAAGAGGCAUACUCAAUCUUCCGUCCUUCCUUAUUUCAGGUGUGCCUCUGUCAUAUCUCUCAGCAUCGUCCUCUCGGCUUCUGAAUGGAGAACAAGGUAGUCUCUCUGGUACAUUGCCCGUGUUACCCGUCCGCAGGAAAACCCUUUUGGCCCCAAGAGCAUCAAAAGAUGUACCUUCCAGCUUCCGGUUUCCUCCAAUGACGAAGAAGCCACAAUGGUGGUGGAGAACUUUGGCAUGCCUACCUUACCUGAUGCCGCUGCACGAAACUUGGAUGUACGCGGAAACCGCUUACCAUCUCCACCCGUUCCUAGAAGAUUUCGAAUUCUUAACCUACCCGUUUCUAGGCGCCAUCGGGAGGUUGCCGAGCUGGUUCCUAAUGGCUUACUUCUUUGUAGCUUAUCUUGGGGUAGUGAGAAGAAAGGAGUGGCCUCACUUCUUCAGGUUCCAUGUAGUGAUGGGUAUGCUGCUUGAGAUAGCUCUUCAGGUGAUAGGAACGGUGAGCAAGUGGAUGCCCCUUGGAGCCUAUUGGGGUAAGUUUGGGAUGCAUUUCUGGACCGCCGUUGCGUUUGCGUAUCUGUUUACCGUCCUUGAAAGCAUACGGUGUGCACUUGCGGGUAUGUACGCAGACAUCCCGUUUGUCUGUGAUGCUGCGUAUAUCCAGAUUCCGUACGACUAA